AUGCCAAUACAAAGACAGAAUGCCAAUGAUCAAUCAUCAUUAUCUUCAAAUAGUUUUCUUCAACAAAUAUUUGAAAGUCGUUUAAAAAGUGAAAUUGAUGAAAAUGAUUUACUUAUUUUACUUAAUGACACAGAAUUAUCUCGCUCAUUUGAUCGACAUUCAAAAUUCACUAUUGAUCAUUGCAAAUUAUUAAUAUCAGCUGUAGUUCACUCAAAAAAUACAUUGAGUUUGCCAGAAUUUGUUUCUGUAGUAAAUCUUCUUUAUACAUGGAGAAACUUUUUUCGUCGUCACGAUCUUGAUCGAAAUGGCAUCAUUGAACCAUAUGCGCUUGUUAACAUACUUAAUUCUUUACGAUUUAAUUUAUCACCGUCAACACUUGAAAUAAUUAUAAAACGAUAUUCUACACGUGCUGAUGACAAUUCAUUAGCAAAGAUUUCAUUUGAACAUUAUGUUCAAUUAUGUGCUCGAUUGACUUUACUCAAUAAUUUAAUGCAACAAAAGUCAACAAACGAUUCUCCGAGAAAUAUUUGUUCAUUUUCAAUCGACGAAUUUAUGCAACUGUCACUCAAUCUAUAA